AUGGCGGCAUCGAAAGAAGCAAGUAUUUCGAACACCACUACAAAGCUUAACCCACAGGAAACACAAACACGCAUUGUGUCACUGAAGAAUGCAUUUACCGCAUAUUCACAAGAUUCACGAAGGCUCUUAGAUUUAAAGGCGUCCACCGUAGAAGAGUACGAAUGCAUUAAAACGGUUCUUUCAAAGACAACACAGACCGAGAUGGACGCUGGUGCUAUCACAUUGCUUGAUGCUGAGGACCAGCUGGAUAUUGAUAAAGUGAAACAAAAUCCUAGUCUCAUUGUUAUCGGACAGACUAAUUCAGGGAAAAGUUCCCUCAUCAACGAGUUACUGGGUGGAACCGUUGUUGCAAUGAGACAAAUACCAUGUACAGCACGACUGGUAAAACUGAAAUAUGGAAAGAAACAACUAGUCCGAGUGGUUUCCAAAAGUGGGGAAGUUCUAGAAGAGCGAGCCAUAAAGAAGAAGACAAUACCAAGAGAUCUUGUUGACUUAACAGAAGAACAACGACAUGAUCCGAUAUAUAUUGGAAGCCAUGUGGAAGCAGAAAUAGAUAAUGAUUUCCUGAAAUCUGGCAUUAAACUAAUUGAUUCGCCUGGAUUACAAGAAGAUGAAAAUCUAGAUAAUAUAGUACUGGGUGAACUGAAAAAUACAGUUCCAUUUGUAGUAUAUGUAUUAGAUGGAAACAACCAGUUGACUGAGCAGGACAGAAAAGACAUAAAGAAAAUUAAAGACCAAACAGAUACUAUAUUCUUUGUUGUAACCAAAGUGGAUAGUGAUGCAGAUAAUGAUGAGGUGGAAAUCUCUGCUGAAGAAAAGAAACGUCGGGCUUACGACAGUUUGGUUAAAGAUGGCCUUCUACCGCAUGGAGUGAGAAUGGAAGAGUGUGUUCGAUUCCAUGGUAUUUCUAAUUGGAAAGUUAAAGAAUACCGACGAGCCAAGAAAUGUGGUCAUGAUCCAUUCGUAGCUGAUUUUCAAAGAUUACAGCGAAGCAUCUGCACCUUCGUAGAGUCAUCACUGGAUGGUAUAAUCAUAAAGGCCGCUAGAAUUCUCUUAGCUUCUCACACACACUGCAUUGAUUUCUUUAUAACACAUGCAACCGGCGCAAAAGAAAAGAUGACAUUGAGUGAAGAUACGUUCAGAAGCUGCAAAGAAUCAGAGAAAAAGGUUUUUACUGACGCCAUAGAAAAACUCGAAGAAAGAAAAAAUUACAUUCACCGUAAAAUAUCAUCCACAAUAGAAAGAGAUACCCCUGAUAUAAUUGAAAGUGCCAGAGAGUUUAGUCUACCAGAAAUUCCAGUUGACGAUUAUAUUAAACGAAACCAAGCCAUAGACAAAUGUAGCGAAAGCAUUCAGCAACUCGUUCUAGACAAAAUCAGCGCUGGGGUCGAACAAACACUUGCAGACAUUUUCACAGACGAAGAUAGUAUUUUGACAGAUUUGGCCGAAGUUGUCAAAAGAUUGGAAGAAACGGGGACUGGCUCUGACGUAUCAGAUAUAAUUAGACAGUGCACCAUGAGUUCAUAUCGAGCUGAAAGUGUUGUUUCAUUUCGAAAAGAUUCUGUUUUGUCACGAUUACUCGAAUGGUUCAGAAAGAGUUUUACCUCAGAGACAAAACGGUACGAGGCUGUAGUCACGAUUGACAAGAGUUGGAAAGAAGCCGAAGCAUUGAAGGCACUCAAGAGAGUGGACGCAAAGAUCAUUUCAAAUGAAAUCAUACGUCAAGCUAAGAAACACCUUGAAACAUGUCGUCGCAAGUUCGCGAAAGCCAUGGAUAAGUUGAAGACGUUGCUCACUUCGGACAUUGAACUAAGUGAGAAAGAAAGGCUGAAAAUACGCGAUAGAACGCCUGCAAUUGCAGAAUUAGAACUACGAACUUACUCGGUCAUCGACAAACGAGAAUUUGGAUUUCCUGUUAAGGGAGAAGAGAUUGGCAAAGGUGGUCAGGGCAGUGUGUACGACUGUGGUAAAAUGGGUCCUGGUAAAACUCCAUGUGUUUUCAAAGAAUUGGAAUUGAAUAAACAAACUGCAAUGGAAGUCCACUAUACAAGGGCGCUCCAUAACCACGAAAGAAUCGUGAAGUUAUUUGCAAGUAUUGUACACAAUGAUCAGGUCUAUUUAGUAAUGCCACGGAUGAGAUGUGACCUGUCUACGGGUCUGGCGGAUAUUUCGUAUUUGAAAGAUAGGCUGAAUAUUGCUCUGCAGAUAGCAGAAGGCAUGGAGUUUCUGCAUGGAAAGGGGAUUGUACAUAGAGAUAUAAAAACUCACAACAUAUUGUUGGAUGAGCAGGGACAGGUAAAAAUAGCAGACAUGGGUUUAUGUAAAGCAGAAGGAUUCGUAGGUGAUACUGUAUGUGGUACCCCAUUAUAUAUGCCUCCUGAAAUCACGCUAGGAUUUGAUUACGACAAGGCAGUGGAUGUGUAUGCAUUUGGUGUUCUAUUGUGGUUUAUAUGUGACGGGACAGGCGAAUUACCAACACAGCUCGUCCUCGGGAUGAUUGCUGUGCCGGUUAUAGUACGUGUACUUGUCGUGCGACCCGAGAGACUGCAGAAGUUUGACGAUGACUGCUGGAAACUGAUGAAUAAAUGCUGGAAAACCGAUCCCCGUCAAAGGCCAAGCUUCAGUGAAAUUAAAACGCAAUUACAGGACAUCGUCAGGCGUAUUGACCCUCAGAAGAAAUAA